GCAAAAUAUACAUGCUGCGAGCCCGACUGCUCCAACUGGGAUUACAGUGAAGCCCUCGCUGGUCGCCUGCUUUCGGCCUGCUUAUUUUUAGGAAUGACAAACUACUGCUACCACUACUACGAGGAGCGCAGCCACAACGUCUACUACCACUGCAACAGCAACUUCAGCAGCAAUAAUAAUCGCUAAUCAUCUUCGCCGCGGCCGCUCUCGUGUGCUCGGAAACAAUAGUGCGAACAGGCGCGUAGUGCAGUCGUGCGCGCAUAGAUGUAUUUAUUUGUUAUAGAUUAAAUAUUUGAAUUUGAAUAGUUGCUAGAUAUGAAUAGUAUUGUUAUACUGAGUUUAUGGAUACUUCUGCACAUUAGCAAUACAUCUUGCCAAGAUGAAAAAAUAUCCGUUUUAAGAGGCGAAAAGGUGGAGCUAGCCUGCCCGAUCGAUAUUGCGACCUGCGGCGAGCUGCACUCGCUGAAAUGGUUCAAGGGAACCGAGCGGAUAGCGGUCGUGUCCGGUGAUGGGGAGGUUGCCAAAGUCGAGGGCAGCUACAACGACCGGUUGUCGCUGUCCCACGAGGCCCAGACGAGCCGGCUAAUAUUCCGCAACGUCGAGAUAGCAGACGAAGAUACAUAUCUGUGCGAGACCACGUUUCUCGAGCCGUCGGAGCAGUGCGAGAACUCGGGCGCAUAUAGUGUAGCUUUAAACGUUUAUGCUGUGCCAUCGGUCAUUACGCUUCAGGAUGGCAAUAGAAAUAGUAUUAAAAACGGCUCCCACAUCGGACCGAUGCGCGAAGGACAAGACCUGCAGGUCGUUUGCGAGGUGUACGGUGCCCGUCCAGAGCCUGUGAUAAGUUGGCACCGUUCGGGUCGCGUUGUGCGUGAUAACCUGGUGGUCGAAGAACAUAAUGGACUGUACACGGUCAAGUCGACGCUGUCGCUGACACUGUCACGCCAAGAGCUGGGAGCCACCUACAACUGUCGCGUAGAGAUGAAGGAUUUCCAUCUGUCUGUCGACAACCAGUUUCACAUCGAUCUGCAAGUGCGGCCCACUAAGAUCAACCUGUCGGGUGUGGAACAUCACACGGUCCAGGGGACGAAGGUUUUGCUUCAGUGUCAGGUCAGCGGAGCAAGACCGGCAGCCAAUAUGACCUGGUACAAUUCAUCCAAGCUCAUCACGGAGGAAUCCAGUGAGAUGACUUCAAUUAAUACUAAAACAUAUCUUCAAAAUGAUGGAACGUUCGAAACUAUCAGCCAGAUGAUCUUCACGGCAACGCGCUUCGAAAAUGGCGCCUCCAUGCGCUGCGAAGCCGACAACAUUGUGAUGCGCGAGGACAUGGACCGUCCGCUGCACGACACACUCACGCUGGAAGUGAUGUACCCUCCGGUGGUGUCAGUGAAACCGGAGAACAUCUCCGUGAACGAGACGCAAGAUUUUCUAAUCUUUUGCGACUACGAGGCGAACCCGGCCUCCCUCGAGAGCGUCAAAUGGUACCGAAACAAUCAGGAAAUCAAGCUGAACAGCUUGCGCUACGAGGGCGGUAAUCCCGAGCAGACGGCACUGCUGAUCAAAAAUUCGACUAGGCACGAUAUCGGUGCCUACACCUGCGAGCUGUCGAACUCCAUCGGGUUCGAUGUGUCCGAUAACGAAGUUUAUGUUGAUGUUAUAUAUAAGCCAACGGUGAUGCUGACGAUGGAUCCCGAGGCACCAGUGAUCGAGAACGACCAGGCGAACAUAACGCUGCUCUGCAACAUUGUGGACGGCAACCCAAUGCUCCUGACUAGGGUGCGUUGGUUCCUGGAUGGGGAGUUCCUGAAGGAGCUGCCAGAAUGUGAGGAAGAAACGCUCGGCACGGACGAGAAUUUGUGCGAGGUGGACCCAAGCAAGAUGUUGCUGCAAAACGUUGGGCGAGAGUUCAUCGGCAACUACUCGUGUGAGGGCUUUAACGCGGCCGGUUGGGGUGACGUCAGCGACGAGAACCCGCUUGACAUCUACUACGAGCCGGGUAACGCCUCGAUGGUCCACUAUCCAUGGAUCGCGAUCAAGCGACGUAGUGUGACGUUCAAUUGUUCGAUCGAGGAUCGGGGCAACCCCGUGGCCACACGGUACCGCUGGUUGCGUGGUGGAAAACCAGUGCUGGACGUGGUCACGCCAUCCUGGACGGUUGAUCCUGUGGGGUUGGACUCGCGUACGACGUUCUCGUGCUUCGCGUACAACGAAGGAGGAGAAGGUUUCGCUGCUGAGGUGAAUCUGGAGGUGCAUGCUCCACCGGCUUUCAUCCAGAAACUGCAGCCCUACACAGGAGCACUGUUCUCCACGACGAACAUGUCACUAUCGUGUCGCGUUGAGUGUGUGCCCUCUUGCACGAUCUCGUGGUUUAAGGAUGGGAUUGGCAUCGAGGAGAACGACGAGCGUUACUACAUCACGAACAGCUAUCUCUCGUCGGAGCCGGCGACAGGAGAUUUCGAGAGUGCAUACUCGGUGCUGCAUUUCAACAUGUCAGCCUGGCCGAACGGUAUACUGGACCGGAUUAAGGACAGCUCCAACUACUCCUGCGUGUCGACGAACAACUCCGCCGGUCCGGGUGUUCGCAGCACUACCUAUUUUGGGGUGGAAUAUCCUCCCGAGAACACGAGCCUUUCUAGUUCUACCAUAUCGGUGGAGGAAGGCAAGAUUCCUCCAAAAAUUGUGUGUUCGUCCCGGGCAUACCCUGAGCCGGCCUUCGUCUGGACGCGCAAUGGUGAAACCGUUGCCAAGGGUAGUGCGCUUAUAGUGGAUGACGUUCUGCAGAGGUCUGAUGCCGGCAAGUACACGUGUACUGCGUUCAACAAGCACGGCAACCACUCUACGGACGCUUUCAUCGACAUUCACUAUAAACCCACGUGUCAGAUCCUGCGGAAGGAGAUCGAGGACGAGGAUAAGCUGAUCUGUAUUGCUACCGGUAGCCCGCGUGAGUCGGAGUUUGAGUGGAGUGUCAAACACAUGAAUGAAAGUCUGCAGAGCCGGAUUAAGAGUGACGCGUUCGAGAGCUACCUGACGUUGGACGAUGCCGUGUCGGCAAUGCGCACUUACGUGUGCGUCGCUAGCAAUAACGUUGGCGUGGGCACACCGUGUGAGAUCGAGGUAGCUGGUUACGUCGCGUGGUGGCUGAAAGGAGACGUUCUGACACCGUACAUUCUGAUUGGUGGUGUUGCCGCCCUGCUGCUGGCGGUCAUUAUUAUCUGUAUCGUCAUCAUUUGCAUCUGCCGGAGGAAACGACGGCAGGAGAAAUUUACUGGAGAAUCGUCGACUGCUGGCGGAUCCCAGAUCGAACCAGGAGAAUAUGAAAACCUUCCGUUCCAUGGAUUGCAAACGCCGCCAAAGAAGGCCAUGCUGUGCAAAACUAACCUCGCGCCAUCGCUGAAGCACCAUAACAAAUCGCUCACUCCAUCCUGCUUCCCGACGCAUCCGUACAACUACAUCAACUAUCAGAAGGACAGCCAGAAGGGCACGCUGCAACCGCCGCUUCACCCGACCCUUCAACACCCGGGUCUGCAGCAUGCGUCCUCCCAAGGAGAGCCUACAAGUGGAGAUGAGUCGAGCAAGGCUGCCGAGCGGAAGUUGGCCCUGGAUCCUAACAGUGACACUUUGUCAUCGCACAGUUUCACUAUUGGUGGGACACGUUCGAUGAAACGAUCGGUCGAGAAGAAGCUCAUAGAUCUGGAGACAGUGACACCGCUUUAUGAGAACCUAACCGAUUCGAUCCAGAUCCACGAGGCUACGGCACCGAGCCCGCUUGGGUUGGUACCACCCGGAAAACCACUCAUUCUCGAAGGACCACAUCAGGAGCGGUACCGGAUCAGUUUGAAGAAGCCAGGUCGCAAACCAGGUGGUAGCCGAUCGAACAGUGCGGUCUCUAACAGCUAUUACGACUGUAUUAAGCCCAUUCCGGCACCGCGCCAUCGCAAGUACGCCUCGACAAACUCGCUCGUCUCGAAGGCAGCUCCGAAUCAUGGGCUGAUGCAGGCGUACUCCGGUGGCAGCAGUAGCCGGCUGGAUCCGAUCUACAUGAACCUUCCGCUCGGUAAAGGGCUCGAUUCGUCGCUCAGGCAUCCUACGGACGCGGACCCGGGAGUCAUCGAGGAGUACCAGGGACCCCACGACAGCCACUAUCUUGAGAUUACGCAGCACCAAACGCGGAUAGUGAUCCCGCGAGAGCUGUUCCCGGUGGAUAGCCGCGAGCAGCAGGCCAAGCUUGGUCAGCUGCUGCGCAAGAGUGGCGCACCACCACCACCCAGCAUCGCCACACCGUCAUCGUCCUCCUCCAGCAGCAGCAACAGCAGGCGCCACAUCAAGCUGCCUUUACAGAAACAUCAUAGCUUUAAUUUCCAGUCGUCGCAGACAGUCGAGGCGACGGUGCGCGAUCUCAAGAUCAAGUCGCACUCGAUCAGCUCGAAGACGCUGCGCGAUUACCGAGGCAGCAGCCACCGAGGCGCGCACCAGGGCAGCAGCACCAUCAACCACCAUCAUCACCACGCCGGCACCGGUAUGCUUCAAGAAAACGACAGCGAGCACGAGUACUAUGAUCACCACCAACAACAACAGCAGCAGCAGCAGCGCCAUCGUACGGCGGUGGCGCAACAUUUUCCGUACGACUCUAGCACCGUAGCCUUUAAACCCAUAACUCCCGUGCCAACGAGUACUACAGCAAUAAUAACAACCACUAACAGAAAGUCGGUUAAUAUGUGUAAUAAUGACAAAUUUGCAAUCAAAUAAAACGACAAAAAUCAUCACCAUCUUC